CUCCCAACCAAAGAGCCUGAAUGCAGGCGAGGCGCAAAAGCGACUGGACUAAACGCAACAGCCUUGCCACUCGAACAGAAUGCCGCCAAAGAAUGCAUUCUAACUGGAAAUGCAAGGGGGCACCGACCAGGCGCAGUAGUUUAUUGAAAAUCUCUAUUAUUCUUAUAUUAAUCUGAAAUAUGGCUGAAGUGAAGUCGAGGUGAGCUGCUCUGUUGCUCAGACAACUUGUUACCGGGAGCUGCGCACUCCUCUCCAUCCAGUUUGUCGGAUGAAAAGAAACGGAUAGAUAAACUACACUCGUUUUUGUUUUUCUAUCAAUCGAUAAUCACUCGACUGUGGAAUCAUGUCGAUGGGACAGGACGAAAGCUCAGUCCGGGUGGCUUUGAGGAUUCGUCCUCAGCUGGCCCGGGAGAAGAUCGAGGGAUGUCACAUCUGUACGUUUGUGACCCCGGGGGAGCCCCAGGUGAUGCUGGGUAAAGACAAGGCGUUUACGUACGACUACGUGUUCGACAUGGACUCCUGUCAGGACAGCAUCUAUGCUAACUGCACUGAGAAACUGAUCGAGGGCUGCUUCGAAGGAUACAAUGCCACCAUCUUUGCCUACGGCCAGACGGGGUCAGGUAAGACCUACACCAUGGGUACAGGGUUUGAUGUGAACAUCGGGGAGGAGGAGCUGGGCAUCAUUCCCCGGGCGGUCAGCCACCUCUUCAGGGGCAUCGAGGAGCGCCAGAAGGCCGCUAAAGAGCAGGGACGCCCCGUGCCCGAGUUCAAGAUCAACGCACAGUUCUUGGAGCUUUACAAUGAGGAGGUGCUGGAUCUGUUUGACUCUACGAGGGACCUGGAGGCUCGGACGCAGAAAUCCCACAUUAAGAUCCACGAGGACGCUAAUGGAGGAAUCUACACGGUGGGGGUGACCACACGGACUGUAGCCACUGAGGCAGAGAUGAUGCAGUGUCUGAAGCUGGGGGCUCUGUGUCGUACCACGGCCAGCACCCAGAUGAAUGUCCAGAGCUCCCGCUCUCACGCCAUCUUCACCAUUCACCUGUGCCAAGUCAGAGUCUGUGCAUCCGACAAUCAAGACAACAACGAGACGGACAGCAAGAUUGCUAACUGCAACUCAGAGAUGGAAGAGUAUGAGACACUGACGGCCAAGUUUCACUUUGUGGACCUGGCCGGGUCAGAGAGGCUGAAGAGAACCGGGGCGACCGGAGACCGAGCUAAGGAGGGAAUCUCCAUCAACUGUGGACUGCUUGCUCUUGGAAAUGUAAUCAGUGCUUUGGGAGACAGAAGCAAGCGAUCCACACACGUGCCUUACAGAGACUCCAAACUCACUCGGCUUCUACAGGACUCCCUGGGUGGAAAUAGCCAAACGAUGAUGAUAGCGUGCAUCAGCCCGUCUGACCGGGACUUCAUGGAGACCCUGAAUGCACUGAAGUAUGCCAACAGAGCCAGGAACAUUAAGAACAAGGUGAUGGUGAACCAGGACAAGGCCUCCCAACAGAUCUCUGCUCUCAGGACAGAGAUCGCCAGGCUACAGAUGGAACUGAUGGAGUACAGGACGGGUAAGCGUAUGGUGGGUGAGGAUGGUAUGGAUAGCAUCAACGACAUGUUCCAUGAGAACAGCAUGCUGCAGACAGAGAACAGCAACCUGAGGAUCAGGGUCAAAGCCAUGCAGGAGACCAUUGACGCACAGAGGGCCAGACUCACCCAGUACCUCAGUGACCAGGCCAACCAGGUCCUCGCCAGGGCAGGUGAGGGGAGUGAAGAGAUUGGGAACAUGAUCCAGAGCUACAUCAAAGAGAUUGAGGAUCUCAGAGCCAAACUCCUGGAGAGCGAGUCUAUGAAUGAGAACCUUCGUAAGAAUCUGUCCCGUGCCUCCUCACGGCAGUCCUUUUACCCCGGAACCUUCUCCGCUGCCCUCUUGGCACCCGAGAAGGAGGCCUCAGACAUCAUCGAGAUGGCUAAGAAAGACCUGGAAAAACUCAAGAAGAAGGAGAGGAAGAAGAAGAAGAGUGUUGUCAAGGAGGAAGUCCCCGACAAUGACCAAGACAAUGGGAUGGAAAAAGAGCUGACUGAGCGGUCCAAUGAGGAGCAUGAGACGGAGGGGCAGGAGGGGAGUGACCACGAGGAAGAGGAGGAUGAGGAAGAGGAAGAGAUGGAUGUGGAGGAGAGCUCUGAUUCAGACUCGGACUCAGAUGAGAAAGAGAACUUCCAGGCGGACCUGGCCAACAUUACAUGUGAGAUUGCCAUCAAGCAGAAGCUGAUAGACGAGCUGGAGAACAGCCAGAGGCGUCUGCACACGCUCAAACAGCAGUACGAACAGAAACUGAUGAUGCUGCAGAGUAAGAUCAGAGACACACAGCUGGAGAGGGACAAGGUGCUGCAGAACAUGGGCUCAGUGGAGACGUGCAAUGACGAUAAGGCCAAGAAGAUCAAGCAGGAGUAUGAGAAGAAGCUGAGUCUCAUGAAUAAGGAGCUACAGAAGCUACAGUCAGCCCAGAAGGAACACGCACGCCUCCUCAAGAACCAAUCAAAGUACGAGACACAGCUCAAGAAGCUCCAACUGGACGUCACAGAGAUGAAGAAGACAAAGGUUCGUCUGAUGAAGCAGAUGAAGGAGCAGCAGGAGAAGAACAGAAUGACAGAGUCCAGGAGGAACAGAGAAAUCGCCAGCCUCAAGAAGGACCAGCGCAAACAGGAGCACCAGCUGAAGCUACUGGAGGCCCAGAAGAGACAACAGGAGCUCAUACUGCGCAGGAAGACUGAGGAGGUAACUGCACUGAGGAGACAGGCCAGACCUAUGUCUGGUAAGGUGACCAGCAGGAAGGUGAGUUUACCAGAGCCCCUCCAGGACUCCUCCCACCGACCCCCCUCAGGACGCCUGCACUCCUCUGGAUCCACCGCACCCAACGGAACCAGGUCCUACUACAGACGGUCAACGGGCAUAUAUUCCACCAGAGUGGCCAGAGUGAAGUGGCAGUCUCUGGAGCGCCGUAUCUCUGAUGUCAUCAUGCAGAGGAUGACCAUAUCCAACAUGGAGGCUGAUAUGAACCGCCUGCUCAAGCAACGUGAGGAGCUGACCAAGAGGAGGGAGAAGGUGACCAGAAAGAGGGACAGGCUGGCGGGGGAGAGGCCUGAGGAAGAGAAGGCGGUGUUUCCCCUCAACGAGGAAGUGGACACCCUGAUGGCCAACAUCGACUACAUCAACGACAGCAUCGCAGACUGCCAGGCCAACAUUAUGCAGAUGGAGGAGGCCAAGGAGGAGGUUGACACGGUAGAUGUUUCCGCAGUGAUCAGCUCCUGUACCCUAACAGAAGCCCGUUUCCUGAUGGACCACUUCAUGUCUAUGGCCAUCAACAAGGGUCUGCAGGCAGCCCAGAAGGAGUCCCAGGUGAAGGUGAUGGAGGGCAGGCUGAAGCAGACAGAGAUCACCAGCGCAACUCAGAACCAGCUGCUGUUCCACAUGCUGAAAGAGAAGGCAGAGUUUAACCCCGAACUGGACGCCCUGCUGGGGAACGCUUUGCAAGAGCUAGGUAACAUGCCAGUGGAGAACGGGGAUGACAGCAGCAGUGACGAAUCUGCCCAGAGUCCUGCAACAGAGGGACACUCUCUGACAUCAGAUCUAAUGAAACUCUGUGGAGAGACCAAAACAAGGAGCAAGGCUCGUAGGAGAACCACCACUCAGAUGGAGCUGCUCUACGCCAAUAGCGACUCCGCCCCUGACACGCCUUCUAGUGAUUUCUCCUCCCCCUGUCUCCCAUUGGCUGAAACUCCAGAAGAGGGCAGAGAUCCUGAGACUCCCAUUGGCUCUUCAGUCAGGGACAGGGACUAUAUGGCUCAUUCUCCUUGCUUGUCCUCUAAGAUGGGCAGCAUUUCCGGCUCCAGACCUGCCUCCUCCUCAGGGGCAGAAAAGAGAGUUCCAGGGCCCUCGCCGCUCUCUCGCAGGAAGACCUAUGACAAGACUCAAGUGGCAGCUAAAGUCAAGGAGAUCAAACAAGGGGUGAUCAACCCAGUGCCCUCCUCAAAGGGCAGUCGGUCAGCAACACUGCAGUGUGUCCACGUGGCUGAGGGUCACACUAAAGCCGUGCUGUGUGUAGACUCUACCGAUGACCUCCUCUUCACCGGAUCCAAAGACCGUACGUGUAAGGUGUGGAACCUAGUGACAGGUCAGGAGAUCAUGUCCCUGGCAGGUCAUCCCAACAAUGUGGUGUCAGUCCGCUACAGCUCCAGCCUGGUCUUCACCGUCUCCACCUCCUACAUCAAGGUCUGGGAUAUCCGAGACUCAGCCAAGUGCAUUCGCACCCUCACGUCUUCUGGUCAGGUGACCCCGGGCGACGCCUGUGCGUCCAGCACCAACCGGACUGUCACCAUCCCGGCAGGAGAGAACCAGAUCAACCAGAUCGCCCUCAAUCCCAGCGGCUCUGUCCUUUACGCUGCCGCCGGCAACUCUGUCAGAGUCUGGGACCUAAGAAGAUUUGUAUCCACAGGGAAGCUGACUGGUCACCUGGGUCCGGUCAUGUGUCUGACUGUGGACCAGAGUGGGAACGGUCAGGAUCUGGUCAUCAGCGGAUCCAAGGACCAUUACAUCAAGCUGUUUGACGUGACAGAGGGGGCCCUGGGUGCUAUCAGCCCCACACACAACUUUGAGCCUCCCCACUACGAUGGCAUCGAGUCCCUGGUGGUGCAGGGGGAUGUCCUCUUCAGCGGCUCCAGGGACAACGGUAUUAAGAAGUGGGACCUAGACCACAAAGACCUACUGCAGCAAGUGCCCAACGCCCACCGUGACUGGGUGUGUGCCCUGGGUGUGGUGCCUGGCUCUCCGGCCCUGCUGAGCGGCUGUAGAGGAGGGGUGCUCAAGCUGUGGCAUGCAGACACACUGGGGGCCCUUGGGGAACUCAAGGGCCACGAGAGCCCCAUCAACGGCAUCUCCACCAACAGCAGCCACCUCUUCACAGCAUCCGAUGAUCGAACAGUGAAGAUCUGGCGUGCCCGGGGCGGACUCGACAGCACCUUAGACACGACGGCGGACACAGCUGAUGAGGUGGCUAGUAACUGAACAUGGCCGUGACCUCCCACCGUGACCCUUAACCUGGGAUGCUGCUGAUUAGCACUUUGACCUCUGACCCCUAACCUUGGAAACCACCCCCCACAUACUGUAACCAAGACAACAGUGCAAGCCCGCAAGAAUGGAAUCAUAUCUCAGUAAAAGUAGCUGUAGUCUUUCUCUAGAGUAAGGUACUGUAGGUUCAUCCCUAGAAAAUGUCUCCCUAGCUAAAUGUAUCUAGUCUAACCUGUGUGGCCGUAGCACUGGCCUGUGCAGAAUAAACCCUAUUUUUGCUUCGUAGACAUCUUUCCGUCUCCGCUCAUAUUAAGUAUUGAGUGAGCCCACACGGGUCAUAUUUACGCGCACACACACACACACACAUAUUGAGUGUUUUUCUGGGCUGGGGGAGUUACUAAAGGAGAGUGGUGCAGAUAUGAGAUGAGAGGAUGGUAAAGAGGGUGCGCUCCUACCGGGCUCUGUAGCAGGCCUUCAAGACCCGGACCUGGUUCUCCAGUGGCACAGUAAAGGAAGAGAAGCCUUUCUUCUGCAUUGUAAGCAGAACCACUGUCCUCAACCCUGCUGUCCCUUACCUGAUAUCAACGUGGCUUUACGUAAACUGACACCCCCUUAAAUCGCUGUCUGGAUGUUCUUUUGCUUUGAAUUCAGCGCCCGCUUACCGUCGGUUACCAAAUCAUGAAACUUCUCUUGUACUUUACCUGUGAACUGGAUACAUUAACUAACACUACUCUUGUAGCCACUAGCAAAACACCUAAAGUCAGUGACCUCUCUGCUUCCUUAGUCUUUACACCUAAUCCUUACUUACUCUCUAUGUGCAAAUACAAUGUCUCUUUGAGGAAACACUGACUCUCUUCACUCGUCCACUACUCGUCAUUUAGCAAUGUAUGAUUCUCCACUUGAUGCUGUUCCCUCUAAUAAGUUAUGACCUAACCAAAUGCCUGUGCUGCUAAGUUGUUUGCUCACCUUCGACCCAUAGAAGGCUUCUGUUCUGGACUCCAGGUGAGGUACACCUGGGAACUGUAGUUAAAUACUGUAUAUAAGAGUCUAAAGUGUGAGGAAGAGAGGAGCCUUUUAUCUGUGCCUGUACUGUAAAGCUCUCCCAAUCCUGGUCUGGGAAGACCCCGGUGUAUGGUGGUUUAUCCUGUGUGUCAGUUUUACAGUACAUUUCAACUGGCUUAUUUGUGAUUGGUGUGAGCUGAACUAACUGUCAAACGAUGUAUUGGAUCCGCUGUCUGCUGGGACUAUUGAAUGUUAAAGUAGUAGGAGCAGCAGCCAACACAAUAUGUAUAUAUAAACAGUAUUAUACGAAGAAAUCAACUGAAGGUUUGUUUUGUUGAUCAUCAAAUCUCACUCCACAAGGGAAACAAAGGACCAGAAUUAGGAGACAGUGUUGUAACAGCACUCAUCUCUUUUGAACAGAGCCCCUCUCCCUGGCCCUGAGUCCGCCUGUUAUGUUUCCUGGUCUGCAUCCAAAAUGGCACCUAUUGCAGAGUGCACUAUUUUUGACCAGGACCCUAUGGAUGCUGUUCAAAAGUCAUGCACUAUAAAGGGAAUAGGGUGCCAUUUCAGAUGCAACCUGCUCUGAUUUUAUUUGAUUGUUCUGUUGAAAUAAGCUGUAUGUAUUCAAACCAGUCCUGGGUUCCCCUCUGGAGUUUUGCUGUAGAUGUCAGUCCAUAAAAUGGCUGACUCUGUACUGUAGAAGUUCUAAUGUCAGAUGCCUGGUGAAAUAAAUGUAAUCUGUCAGAAACCAA